UGCUACAUGUGAUGUGAACUUCCGGGCUUUCAAGCGAGGUUCUGUGGAGCAACAAGCAUUUGGUAUCACAACAAAUCGGACUACAUUUAUCAUGGCUGACCCAAAUAUGAAACAGUUGAAAAUUAAAACAGGAGUAGUAAAAAGAUUAACGAAGGAGAAAUAUUCUUAUGAGAAGGAAGUGGUAAAGCAGGAGGAACACAUAGAAAAGAUGAAAGCAGAUGGAAAGGAUCCAUAUGAUAUAAAGAAACAGGGAGAAGUUCUCGAUGAAUCCAAGGACAUGAUCCCUGAUACAAAGAGAAGGCUUACUAAAGGACUAGAGGAUCUCCAGAAGUAUAUGGAACAAGCUGACGAACUGAAGGAGACAGAGGAAUUCCAAACAGCUGUGACAAUGUGCAAAGAAGCAGUAACAGCGCUGUCAACCUGAAGUCCCUGUAAUGAUGAGUCAGUGUGAUGUCAAUGUGUUUUGUAUUCUGUUAGGAAGCUCUUAAUACUAGUCUAGUUUUCACAUGUGUUACUGUACUUCGAGAGUUACAGGAAUGAUUAUAUUCAGUAAGAUGCACAUUACCAUAUAAGAUAGUAAAGCUGAUCAUGAAUGAGUCGGGAAAAUGAUGCCUGGUAUAGCCUGGAAAAUAAGUCGAGAAUGAAAGUCAUUGUGUUGUGAGGUUGUGAAACAAGCAAUGUUUGAAGUUGUACCAUUUGUAUACAGCAUUGCAGUGCAAUUAAGUGGUGUGUUUCUAUUUGGGGGGGGUCAUUGGUCAGAGGACAGUUGUUAUAUUGGCCUAGUCAUGGGUCAUUGAUUAACAUCAAAUUCAAAUUUCAUAGUAAAAAGAUAAGUACAUGUACCAAUAUCUGCUACAAUUGGUCGUAUCCUAUGAACCAACAUUUGUUUAGGGCUCAAUAUAUGUGAUUGUGAAUCUUGUAUUGUUUCACUUUGUCAUAAAAUAUUUCUUUUGGGAAAGAAAUAUUGCCAGACAGUCCAUCAUAUACAUUGUACCUUCCUGUAUGUUAGUUUACAUUUUUGAAGUGAAAAGUCCAGUUAAAUGGUAUAUGUAUUUAAUUACUAAUAGGUUGAGAUACUUCAAUACUGUAGAGCAUGUAAUUGGUCUAAACACCCCUUGGUUGUAUGAAUGUAACAGACAUUGGUGUCACAAUGAUUGUAUAUAAUCAGAUAAAUUAAAUAUGAGACUUGUCAGAAACUUUUUUAUAAAGUUAUAGCUUCACAGUACUACUAGUGUAAGUAAACGUAUAUAUGCUUUCUUUCUAUAUAUGACAUUUACAAUGUAUAGUUCAAAUCUAUGCAUCAAACAUUGUAAAGACUUCUUAAUGCAAUGAAAUUUCUUUAACCUG